AUGUUUUCAAUUUCAAAAUUAAACUUGUAAUGCAACAUAUUUAGUAGUAACAAUCAUUUACCGAUGAUACGUUUAUUUAAUUUCAGGAAAAUUCCAUAACGUCAAGGUGUCGCAAUAAUACUAAUGCUACACAUAUCAACUUUCAACGUUUCCGAUAUUAUUGCGAAAUUUUUACACGUGUAUACAAAUUGCAAUAUAUGCAAUUACAAUACAUGCAAUGAUGCAACCAUGGCGCAUGUUUGGUAGUCAGCUAUUUUAGCCAGGGCUGUCAUUACGCUGCUUAUAUAACUAUCAUUGUAUGAAAAUUGUAAAAAACGACGUGGAAACCCUAAGUGUUUUCGAUGCAUCAGCAAUUGAUUGUACUUUAGUUUACCUUAGUUUGUAUUUUUUGAAGGUCUAUAAUACGACUAAAUAAAAACGUUCCAUCAGACGAUAAAACCCAAAGAUUUUAAGUAUCUUUUUAUAUUAGAUCCUUCCAGCCUUAUAACUCACUACAUUUUUCAAUACGAUCAUUACAAUUAUUCCAAGUGAACCAAGUAGUAUAGUACUACUAUACUUGUGACUCCAGUCUUCAGUCGUGCUGCCGCUGCUGUCGUCUUGAAGUUGAGUAAGUCCAUUACAAGUCAAGGAGAAAAUGUCCGAUUCUGAGGGUUCUUAUUAUCAACCAACCAUUGAACGAAAAACGAAAACUGGUCGCAAACCUACAGAAAACAAACGCAAAUCAAAAUCAGACCGUCCCAGUAAAAAAGCUGCGAGUGAUAGCGAUAUAUUCGGUAUCAGUCACGACCACGAGGCAGGCGCGGACGUCGGAUCAUCAGGUCGAGCAUGCCUGCCGUCGCUGUUCGUGUACCGAGUGGCCAACGGGUGUGAGCGACGCACAGCUCACACCAAUGGCGAAUAUUACAUCGACUGCAAGGUGUACCGAGCUAACGACGCGCGCAACACCGACUCGCUAGAGCUAUGGAAGAAGGCAAUCGUACGGAUCAAGCUCCAGACCGACAUAGACUCUCCUCAGUGGCAAAAACUGCAGGAGUUUGUAAAGUCCGCAGAUGUUUUGUUCCCCGACAAACCUAUAUUUUACGAUAAUAAAUAGUUAUAUGAUUUUAUUUCAA